AGCAGGGCCGGGGCUGGCAGGCAGCCUAUAAGAGAUGCUGCUCUCCAGACCGGCUGCAGUUCAACCUGAGACGGUCAUCUGCUGCUUCUCCAACAUGAGCAAGGGCUGCCAGACCCAGGGGCCGCUCUCCGAGCUGGAGAAAGCCAUAGAUGUCAUCAUCGAUGUCUUCCACCAGUUCUCGAGACGGGAGGGGGACAAAGACACCCUGACCAAGAAGGAGCUGAAGCUCCUGAUUGAGAAGCAGCUUGCCAACUACCUGAAGCAUGUGAAGAAUCAGGCCUCUAUUGACCAAAUCUUCAAGGAUCUCGAUGGCAACAAGGACCAGCAGCUGAGUUUUGGUGAAGUGAUGCUCCUGAUCAUGCGGGUGACUGCUGCCACCCACGAGCACCUCCACUUCUGUGAGGACCAACAGCACCAGCACCAGCACCAACACCAGCACCAGCACAACCACUAAGGAGGGUUGAGCUGAAGGCACCCACCCAGAGCUCUGAGCUCCUGCUUCCCCUUCCAACCCCCUGCACCCCAUCCCUCCCCAUUCCUCCGCUCCCUACUCCCAACCCUCUGCUCCUCCAUCGCUUCAAGUUUGACGGUUUUGCUGCCAAAUAAAGAUUUGCCCUGAGGCUGUUGAA